CCCCGCCUCCACUGGCCACCAGCGCGCAGCAAAGCCCCAGGCGCAGCGCCCCAGCAUCCCCAAAGCCCCUCGUCUGCGAGGCAUCGGAGACGUUGGGUGGCGAUUGGCGAGUCUGGAGUCUGCAUCUUGGGCUCGGGGCGGCUCCCGGGAGGAUGAAGCAGGCCCUGGUGGAUGAUACCGAGGAUGUGUCGCUGGACUUCUGCAACGAAGAGGAGCUGGCCUUUAGCAAGGCCAAGAUCAGGCAUCCUCUGGCCACCUUCUUCCACCUGUUCUUCCGAGUAAGUGCCAUCGUCGUCUACGUGUGCUGUGACUGGUUCAGCAGGAGCUUCGUGGGCUGCUUUAUUACCGUGCUUCUCCUGCUGGCCUUCGACUUCUGGUCGGUGAAGAAUGUGACCGGGAGACUCAUGGUGGGGCUCCGAUGGUGGAACCAGAUAGAUGAGGAUGGGAAAAGCCACUGGAUCUUUGAAGCCAGAAAGGUCUCGGAGAGCCCCACGGCCGCCACGGAGGCAGAGGCGCGCAUCUUCUGGCUUGGCCUCGUUGUCUGCCCCGGGAUAUGGACCGCGUUCUUCUUCAGCACCCUGUUCUCCCUGAAGCUCAAGUGGCUGGCUCUUGUGAUUGCCGGGAUUUCCCUGCAAGCUGCGAACCUCUAUGGCUACAUCCUCUGUAAGAUGGGAGGCGAGAGUGACAUCAGCAAGGUCGCGGCCAGCUUUCUGUCCCAGACAGUGUUCCAGACGGCCUCAACAGAUGACCCUCAGAAGCCUGGGCUCGAUGUGCUGGAGCUCCGCCAGCAUUAGGUGGGGGCUGCUUGAAAGAGAUCCACGGCGAAACCACACUCGUCCCUCUGUCCCUGCCUAGGCUGACUUACUACCAGAGGCAGAGACGGCUCAGACCCGAGGCCCGCGAUCCAGCAUGGGUCAGCAGUGUGGCUCCCGCCCUCCCACCCUUGGACCCCGCCCAGGAAGCAAGUCUCCUCGAGGGACAGGUGUAGGGAGAUGUUUAGUUUAGAAUGGCACAUGUGUGAAGAAUGGCCUGUACCUACAGAACAGAAAAAGUGGACAGAUUAAAGUGUCUCUGAGGUGACUUCAAACCAA